UUUCUUGUUGUUUCGAACACGAGCAGACGUGCUCGCGCACCUCUGCCGGAAAAUAAUCCAAUAAAUGUGCAAGAAAUUCGGUUUCGACUGCAAACCAACGAGUGCGGAACACUUUCCACGACGCAUUCGCACAUUUUCAAGCCCGGAUGCCGUGUAGAGAUGGUGAUAUCUUGUGAUUAAAAUUCUCCCCGUCUGAGAUGUCUCAAACAUGAAUGAAGGUAAUUCAGCAGGAGGGGGGCAUGAAGGGCUCAGCCCGGCCCCUCCUGCUGUGCCAGACCGCGUAACUCCACAUUCAACGGAAAUUUCAGUUGCCACAGCCAAAACCACGACCACGACAGGAGCAGGAUCAGCAGGAGCAGCCUUGCCGGCCACCCGCCAUCACCAUCAUAUUGCGACCCAAGCAAAGGGAAUCGCCAGCAGCAGCAGCAGUAGCAAACAGAAGCAACUGGCCAGUGCGCAGCUGCCUGUGCCGCUGUCGCCCUUGCCGCAACAACAACAGCAAACGACAGAGGCAACGGCAGCAGCAGCAGUAGCACCACCCGCCCACUCCAAUCUAUCAGCCGCAUCCAGCACCAUCAGCACCAUAGAAGCCUCCGCUUCACCGCCGCAGGCCAAGCGUCAGCGUUUGGACAACAACGAGGACCGGACGAGCGCCACCAGCAUUGUUGGAACAGCCGGGAGCAGCAACAUUGUGGGCUCCCUGCUGCCGGCAUCAGUGGCCUCCAGCAGCGAGGUCGGCGGGCUUUCAUCCACGGCCCUGCAGGACCUGAAUGCCCUGAAGAAGCGCAUACUUCAGCAGAAAUUGCAGAUCUUGCGUAACCUUAAGGAACGGCAUCUUGAAAAUGUGUCCGAAUACUUUUACCUACAAAACGGAGGCAGUAUGAUGGACUACCCCGCGUGGCGCAAGAAGACACCAACCCCGCAGUUCAUCAGCUACAGCAAUGCGAAUCGUAUAGAUCAGCUGAUACAGGAGGACAAGCCGAGCACAUCAGCAGCAGCAGCAGCUGCGGCCCAGAAUCAGACACAGAAGUACACCACCCAACAGCCAGCCACUGCGGAGACGUCAGUGGUCAGCGGGAUCAGUACAGGAACAACAACAGCACCAUUGGAUGGCAACAUCAGCAAUAACACAGUGAAAACGAAUUCGCAAUCUCAAGUGCCAAGCAAGAUUGGCAGCAACACAACCUUAACACCCGCAACAACAGCAAGCAACACGAACAACACAGUCCUACCAGGAACAGCUGCAAGUGCCACCGCAAACACCACAACUGGGAGUUCGGUCGAAGCGAGUGGUAAUGUCCUGCCACUGGAGGCGGAGAUCAAAAUCCCAGCCGUUGGAGCCACACCGGUGGCCAUUUCGACAAAGCUACCCGCUGCCGUUGUCCAGCUAACGCAACAAGGUCACAUACCCGGUAGACCUUUAGGAGGUCGUCACGGUAUGGUCUUCGGUCAGAUACCCGCUCCUCCUGCUGCCGUAGGAAAUCCUUCUGUACCUUUGGUGCCAGGUGGCACUCCGCUGUUACCCGUGGGAUCUACUACCCUACGGCGUCCUCAAGGUCAGAACAAUGCCGCAAGCGGAUCCUCCGCGGCAUCUGGAGGAGGAGGAAGCGGUACACCCACACCGCUCUACACGGGUAAUGGCCCAGCAGCGCUGGGCGGAAGCGGAGCCCUCACGCCUGGCACUCCCACUUCCGGCAGCCUGCUCAGCCCUGCGUUGGCCGGAGGCUCUGGCACGCCAAACAGCGCGGCGCAGGAGUUCUCCUUUAAGGCCAAGCAGGAGGUGUACGUGAUGCAGCGUAUUACGGAACUACAGCGAGAGGGAUUAUGGACUGAGCGGCGAUUGCCCAAGCUGCAGGAGCCCAGCCGACCCAAGGCGCACUGGGACUACCUCCUCGAGGAGAUGGUCUGGCUGGCGGCUGACUUUGCACAGGAACGCAAGUGGAAGAAAAACGCAGCCAAGAAGUGCGCCAAGAUGGUGCAGAAGUAUUUCCAGGAUAAGGCCACCGCCGCCCAAAGGGCGGAAAAGGCCCAGGAGCUGCAGCUCAAGCGUGUGGCCUCAUUCAUUGCGCGCGAGGUAAAGAGCUUUUGGUCAAAUGUCGAGAAACUGGUCGAGUACAAGCACCAAACCAAGAUCGAGGAGAAGCGCAAGCAGGCUCUAGACCAGCAUCUCAGCUUUAUUGUGGACCAGACGGAAAAGUUCUCGCAGCAGUUGGCCGAGGGAAUGAACAAGAGUGUGGUGGACACGCCAAGUCUCAAUUCCAGCCGUCUUACAUCUCCGAAACGGGAGUCCGAUGAUGACUUUCGACCGGAGUCUGGUUCCGAAGACGAUGAGGAGACUAUUGCCAAGGCCGAAGAAGAAGCAGCCGAUGUUAAAGACGAGGUGACGGCUUUGGCCAAGGAGUCUGAGAUGGACUUUGAUGACUUCCUUAAUGAUCUGCCCCCUGGCUAUCUGGAGAAUCGUGAUAAGCUUCUGAAAGAAGAGCAGAGCUCAGCUAUAAAAACUGAAACUCCUGAUGACAGCGACGACAGUGAGUUCGAGGCAAAGGAAGCCAGCGAUGAUGACGAGAAUACUAUCAGCAAGCAGGAAGAGGCCGAGCAGGAAGUCGACCACAAAAAAGAGAUCGAUGAACUAGAGGCCGACAAUGAUCUCUCAGUGGAGCAGUUGCUAGCGAAAUACAAGUCGUCCAGAGUCAGUGACCAGCCUCCCAGUCCAAAGCGGCGCAAGCUGGAGCCUCGUGACCCUGAGCUGGACUCUGAUGAUGAUUCAACGGCUGUUGAUGAAUCCACUGACGAAAGCGAAGAGGAAGCCACCGAGGAUGAAGAAGAUCUGUCCACAAUUAAAACUGAUACGGAUAUGGAGGAGCAGGAGGAACACGAUGACGGCCUUAAGAGUCUGCUUGCGGAUGCCGAAGCAACUGAAGGAGCUGCUAGCAGCGGAACAACUGCAGGAGCAAGCGGCAACAAGGAUGAUAUGCUUAACGAUGCAGCUGCAUUGGCCGAGAGUCUUCAGCCCAAGGGCAACACCUUGUCCUCUACUAAUGUGGUUACCCCAGUGCCCUUCCUGCUAAAGCACUCUCUGCGUGAGUACCAGCAUAUCGGACUCGAUUGGCUGGUCACCAUGAACGAGCGCAAGCUAAAUGGCAUCCUGGCCGAUGAGAUGGGCCUGGGCAAGACCAUUCAAACCAUCGCUCUUUUGGCCCACCUUGCCUGUGCCAGGGGCAACUGGGGACCUCACCUGAUUGUGGUGCCUUCGUCUGUGAUGCUUAACUGGGAAAUGGAGUUCAAGAAGUGGUGUCCCGGCUUCAAAAUACUCACCUAUUACGGCUCUCAAAAGGAGCGCAAGCUUAAGCGCGUGGGCUGGACAAAGCCCAAUGCCUUCCAUGUGUGCAUCACGUCAUACAAGCUGGUGGUGCAAGAUCAACAGAGCUUUCGCCGCAAAAAGUGGAAAUACCUUAUCCUGGAUGAAGCACAGAAUAUUAAGAACUUCAAGUCCCAACGUUGGCAGCUGCUACUUAACUUUUCCACAGAGAGGCGUCUGUUGUUGACUGGAACCCCACUGCAGAACGAUCUGAUGGAACUGUGGUCCUUGAUGCACUUCCUCAUGCCUUAUGUGUUUUCAUCGCACCGCGAGUUCAAGGAGUGGUUUUCCAACCCAAUGACGGGCAUGAUUGAAGGCAACAUGGAGUACAACGAGACAUUGAUAACGCGUUUGCACAAGGUGAUUCGUCCGUUCCUACUUCGACGCCUCAAGAAGGAGGUUGAAAAACAAAUGCCAAAGAAGUACGAGCAUGUGGUCAUGUGCCGUCUGUCGAAUCGCCAGCGCUAUCUGUACGAGGAUUUCAUGAGUCGCUCCAAAACAAGGGAAACCCUGCAAACCGGUAACUUGCUGAGUGUGAUUAAUGUUCUGAUGCAGCUGCGAAAGGUGUGCAAUCACCCGAAUAUGUUUGAAGUGCGUCCUACAAUCUCGCCAUUUCAAAUGGAGGGCAUUACAUUCCACACGCCGCGUCUUGUGUGCGACAUAAUGGAGUAUGAUCCGUUCACGCAAAUCAACCUAGAGACUGUUAACCUUUUGCUGUUGCAUCUGGAGCAAACUAUGACCGCCUACGUCUCGCACAAAUCCCGCCUGCUCGCCCCGCCUCGCAAAUUUAUCGAGGAGAUCGAUACAGCUCCGCAACCAGCUCCCCGCUGUCCCAACGGCAAAUACCGCUUCCACAUCCGUGUACGCAGUGCUGAGCUUGCGCAGCGCAUCAAGUUGAAUGCGGUGAAAAUAGGAGCCAGUCCUGCCAUGCGCUUGGAGGGCUCUAAAAUUGUGCCAAUGCGCAGUUUGCUACCAAGUGGUAGGGUUCUCAAACGGGUCAGUGCCUCCAUUAACCCUGUGAAUAUGGCUUUGAAACCAGUGGUGAUCAACAGUGUGGUGACAACAGCGUCAUCAACUGCAGCGUCUUCUCCCACUGGAGCCUUAAGUGUGCUUAGCAACUCCAAGUUGCUGGGCGCACGCUCGCAAAUAAACGCACCAACGCCCGCCAAAGUGGCAAAGACGAUGCAAGACGGAAAGCCAUUUUUCUACCUCACACCGGCGACAAAUUCGGGAGCAGCUGGAGCUCGUCUCACCUUAACAAGUAAAACCACAGCCAUGUCGGCGACGACGAUAUCUGGAACAACAGUCACCGCAGCCACUUCUAAUGCGCAGCCACUAAUAAGGGAUCCCAUUGUGAAAGAUCUAGCCUCGCAUGUAAAAAGCACAGCACAGAAGCAAAGCAUUGCCAAUGGAAAAACUGAGCCCGAGGAGGAAACUGAGACCGAGGAUCCCUACAAGGUGCAGGAGCUGAUUCAGAUGCGUAAGGAGCAGCGAUUGGCCUCGCUGAAACGUAUGGCUAUGAUAAAUCGGCGGCGUACCGAUGCCACUCCCAUAUAUGGCGAAGAUUGUCGCAGAGCUUUGCAGCGUUGUAUGCAGGCGACACGAUCGCUAAAGCGAUCCACCUGGCAGACACGUGGCUACUCAAAUUGCUGCACGGCCAUGUCGCGCCGGGAUGGUUGGUCACUGAACCAUUUGCUAAAGAGCUGGGAAGAGAGAUGUGUGGAUCUGAAUCCACUGUUUGCUAAUUUUGUGAUCUAUGUUCCUCCCGUGUGUGCGCCGCGAAUCCGUCGCUAUGUACAGAAUCUUGCAUCGACGCACUGGCAGUGUGAGCGUAAGAUCGAAAAUACUGUGGGUCAGGCCCUGUUGCCAAAGUUGGCCUUGCUGCAUCCAAUAAUUUCGGCAAUGACCACUCAGUUCCCGGAUCCGCGUCUCAUUCAGUACGACUGUGGCAAGCUCCAGACCAUGGAUCGAUUGCUGCGGCAGCUUAAGUUUGAGGGGCAUCGUGUUCUGAUAUUCACCCAGAUGACCAAGAUGUUGGAUGUCUUAGAAGCUUUCCUGAACUACCACGGCCACAUCUAUUUGCGUUUGGAUGGUUCUACGCGGGUGGAGCAGCGCCAAAUUCUUAUGGAGCGCUUUAAUGGAGACAAACGAAUUUUCUGUUUUAUCCUCUCCACGCGGUCCGGUGGAGUGGGCAUCAAUCUGACGGGUGCCGAUACUGUGAUCUUUUACGACUCGGACUGGAAUCCCACAAUGGAUGCGCAGGCCCAGGAUCGAUGCCAUCGAAUUGGCCAGACGCGAGAUGUACACAUCUACCGACUGGUUUCCGAAAAAACCAUAGAAGUAAACAUCCUCAAAAAGGCAAACCAAAAGCGAAUGCUUAGCGACAUGGCCAUCGAGGGUGGCAACUUCACCACAACAUUCUUCAAGAGUUCCACUAUCAAGGAUUUGUUUACGAUGGAACAGAACGAGCAGGACGAGACUAGCCAGGAGAAGCCGGAAGAUAAAGAUAAAAUUGUGGCUACAACAACGCUUGUGAACACGCCGACGACGGUGGUGGAGACAGAGAAACAGUCUCUGCGCGCCUUCGAGCAUGCUUUGGCCGCCGCCGAGGACGAGCAGGAUGUGCAGGCCACGAGGACAGCAAAGGCAGAGGUGGCCGCAGAUCUGGCAGAGUUUGACGAGAACAUUCCUAUUGCAACGGAGGAGGCGAAUGCAGAGGGAGGUCCACAAGUGGAACUCAGCAAGGCCGAUCUGGAGAUGCAGAACCUGGUCAAACAGCUCUCACCUAUCGAGCGAUAUGCCAUGCGCUUUGUGGAAGCCACUGGAGCAGCGUGGACAGCGGAACAGUUGCGAGCUGCGGAGGCCGAAUUGGAAGCCCAAAAACGAGAGUGGGAGGCCAAUCGGUUGGCGGCCAUGCACAAGGAGGAGGAGCUGCUUAAGCAGGAAUCGGAACCCGACGAGAUGCUUACCUACAGUCGCAAGGACUCGAGUAAUCAGGUCUGGAUAUCGCGCAACACAAUGGAACAGAUGCCGAUGUGGUGUCCCCCAACGCCGCCGCAGGAUAACGAUAAUGAUAUCUAUAUCGACUAUUCGCUGUCGUUCAUGUACGAUCUGGAACCCAUUGCGGAGACGGAUCUGCCGCCAGUUUACGUGCGCAAGGAGCACAAGCGUUCGCGGACGGAUGCUGGCUACGAUGGUAGUAGAAGGCCCAACAAAAUGCGUCGGGAGGAUAACUACGUGCCUCCCAGAUCGCUAUUCGAUCGACCAACCCCACAGCUGGCUCGUCUGCGUCGCGAGUUGAAGAGCCAGCGUUUCCGCGGAAGCUUUAAGCCUAACAUGCCGAUUCCAGGGCUGAAACCUCAACUGCCGACCAAACCUCUUACCGAACCGGAGGCCAUGGCCGAGUGGUGUGUCUUCGAGGACAUGGCCAUUCUGCACGUGCUUGUGAAUCUGCAAGGAUUGCCGUGCAGCUUAAUGCUGCUCUCACCGGGUCAAACACCCAACUGGGACCUCGUCUCCGAAAUGGUUAACUUCUGCUCAAAAACCUACCGCUCGGCGAGACAGUGUCGCUGGAGAUACGAGACACACAUUCAGCCGAGAGAGGAAGGCAAGGUGGUGGAGAGUCCCAAGAAGCAGAAGAAGCUUAAGCCCACUCUGCGCACUGAGUACCUGAAGAGUCCGUUGCGAUAUUUGCGUACCACCCAGCUGUACGUGAGCGAUAACAACGCCUCGUUUUACAAAACAAUGCGGUCCCGCUUCGACAGCAUUAAGACGGCUUACCUGAAGAAGGCACCGCCACCAAAGCGCCAGUUUAGUGCUCCCAGCCUGAUGAAUCCCAAGCACAUGGAGGUGUUGCAGGAGUUCGGCAUCCAGAACUAUGAUCAACCGGUGUCGCCGCAAAACAUUGCGGCUAUGAAGGCGAAUAAGAUGCGGGAGAAGCAGCGGGGACAGCCAAUGCCCCAGCCUCCUGUUGGCGUGGGAGUGGUGCAGCAAGUCCAGCCCCAAGCGCAGCAGCAGCAACAACCUGCACCACCUCCGCCGCAGCAACAGCAGCCGCAACAAGUGGUCCAGCAGGUGCAACAGCAGCAGCAGCCACAGCAGGUGGUGCAGCAACAACUGCCCACUGUUCCAACCGUUCAACAGACCCUGCCCGUUCAACAGACCGUGGAGCUAGUGCAGCAGCAGCAAACCAGUGCUACAACAACGAUGGCUGUGCCAGCCGCUGGUCAGUUGCAACAGCUGCAGAUCCAGCAUUUGACCAGUUCCAAUGUCUCACCCGGUCAGCAGACCGCCAUCCUGCUCCACCAGCCACAGCAGCAGUUGCGUACACAUCCUGGCCAGGCAGGACAGACCACCACCCAACAGCUGGUCAAGACUAUAGUAGGCACAUCGUCCAGCCUGACGGCGGGUCAGUUGCAACAGCUGGCUCAACAGUCUGCAGCCGCUUCUGGUGGGCAGUCCAGUGUGAGUGUCGUUUUAACGACUCCUGUUCAGAGUCUUCCGGCAGUGGUGCAACCACAGAUCGGCUCCGGUGCCCAGAUCGUGUCCAUCUCGUCGCAGACGCUGCCGGUAAACAGUUCCCCUCAGCUGGGAAGCAUUGUGCAAACGCAAUCGCUGCCGCAGGUCGUUUCCGUUAGCACCCUGCCCACGGUGGGCACUGUGCUGACCACCACUGCGGGUCAGCAGCAACAACAGCACCAGACCACGACUGUAACCACUCUGAACACGGCCAUGUUGCGUGGACAGCGGAUUGUGUCGACAGCUGCAGGGAAUACACUUCAACAGCGCACCACAGGCGGUGUUCAGUCGAUUGUUUCCAUGCCAAACUUGGGGCAAGGCGUGAGUCCGGCACAGUUCCAGACUCAGCUCCGUUUGGCAACUGUUCCCACGUCUCCAGCCACUCAGACCACCCAGCUGGUUACCACAAAGGGAAUUCCGGUGAGUGCACUGCAGCAGGGAGGAAAGACCACGGUGAUACCCGGUACUCAGCAAUCGGGAGGCGCACACAUUCAACUCUACCGUCAGCGCAGCUUGAAGGUGCUGCAGACAACGACCCAGGCGGUGGCCGGCGGAGCUGGCGGAUCUGGCGGAGCCACUGCUAAUCUAGUGCAAGCAGGCGGUACUAUAAUCCAGGCCAGCAACAUGGGUACGCACGUGACCAGCCAAAAAGUGGCCGUUUCAGGAAUGCCGGGUACAUCCACCACCGUGCAAUCGGGCAACGUGGUCAGCAGCGUGCAAAUGCAUGGACAGGCCAGGACGCAAUUCAUCAAGCAGAUGGCGGCCGGAAAGCAGCAACUGCAGCGCCAAGUUGUUUCCGCGGACGGAACAACCACCACUACUGGAGCCGGGGAUAUGUUGCUGGUUAAGCGGCACAAUAUUCUAGCCGCCCAAAAGGCGCAGCAGGCGUCUGGAGCGCUGUUUACCAACACGACUGCCCAGCAGCAACAGCAGCAGGGACAACUCCCCGUGGCCGGUCAACCGCAGCAGGUUACGCAGCAACAGAUCGCAUCCCUGGUUAAAGCUUCUACGGCGGCAGCGGCCAGCGGAAGCAGUGUUAAUGCUGGCGGUGUUACCGUGUCGGCAACAAAUCCCACUGUCCAGGCGGGAAGCGUAAAUAUGACGCUGCCCCAGUUGAAACCAGGCAGCCAAAUCAAGGUGACCAUGCCCAACCAGAUGCGUCACCUGCAAAUGCAGCAGCAGCUGACGAUGCCGCGAAAGAUUAGCCGAAUGACGCAGCUGGUCAGUGCCAGCGGUCAGCCCACGGCCACUAACAUAGUGACGACCACUGGUCCCCAGCAGCAGCAACAGCAGCAAGGAGUUAGUGUUUCUGGCGGCGGUACCUUGCCCACAGUUGCUGCCCAGCAGCAACAACAACAGCAUCAGCAAAAGGUUGGUGGUGGAAACAGUGUCCAGGCACAAUUGCUGCACAUCCAGAACACCAAGGCUCUGCCGAAUUCCGUGACUGUUCAGCAGAUCCAGCAGGUGAUGCGGAGUGGCCAGCAGGGCACAUUGGCCACCACCAAUCUGGUAUUGGGUAAGACAAGCGUGGGGCGGGUGAUUCCCGUGUCGGUGGCAUCUCAGGCCAACCAGCGUCAGACGAUUCAGGUUGUUUCAGCUGCCUCUGCUCAGGCCUUGGCUGCUGGAAACCUGCGCACACAUGUCGCUGGUCCGAGCAUCGCCAGUGCCCUGAAAGUGGCCGCCUCUGGAGGAGCUGGAGGCCAGACUACGCAGCAGACGCUGAUUGCUGCUCUUCAGCAUAAUCAGCGUCAGAACGCCAGUCCGGUCCGCUUACAGACCACCUCGGGUAGCAAUCUCCUGGCUGUUGUGCAGCAGCAACAGCAGCAGCAGCACACGAGCAUUGCAGGACCCACAGCUGGUCCGGCGGAGGUGAUGACCAUCACGCAGACGACCACCACAUUGCCAACAGUGGGCAGCCUGCAGCAGCAACAGCAGCAGCAACAACAGCAGCAACAGCAACAACAGCAGCAACAACAACAGCAGCAACAACAACAGCAGCAGCAGCAGCAACAGGGCGGACUGUCGCAGACCACAACGCAACAGGUACGCAAGCUGGUGCAGAAAAAGAUCCUGAUACGCAGCGAGAAAGAAUAACGCUCGAGCAGGGCCGCCAGACCACGUCACCGGCGGAGCAUCUCGAGCAUCACCCCUACUGCCACCGCCACUGCCACCUACAACACACAAAUUCAGAUUCAAACCCCACAACCACCACAAAAUCAAACACCUUCAAUUCAGUCAAAAGCCAAACAAUAUGAUCCUUUCGAAUUUCAAGAUCAAACAAAUUUCAAUAGCUCAUCCCACGCCGAUCCUCAUGCAUUCAAUCAGUCAGUCAGUCAAUCAGCCAGUCAUUGCUAAAUUGAUCUCAAUUUCUGUCGAUUGGUUUUGCAGCCAUGAGCGAACCGCUCUGGAGGAUGAUGAGCUGCAGGUGGACGCUGAAGAUGCCGACGAUGAUCGCUUCAAUCAGCUCAAGGCGUGGCCGCCGUAUUAAUAAUCUUACUGAUCCAUAGGAAUAGCAAUAACUUGUAAUCUAUAUAUUACGAUCUUAGUUUAACCGAAUUGAAGAGUGCCUAGUUCGUAGGCUAAAUGCUUUAAAUUCAACUUGUAAAUCGUAGUUAACUAAGGUCUCAGCCCUAUAUUCCCGUAGAGCAGUAUGUACAUUCGUAAAUCUAAAUCAGAUCUAUCAGAUACUACAUAAAUACCCCUAAAUAUAUACCCUUACAAAUUUAGUUUUUAUUUACAAA